AUGGCGCAACCCAACAAAGUUGCGGUCCGUAGAUUCGUCGGAGUACGACAAAGGCCAUCGGGAAGAUGGGUUGCAGAAAUAAAAGACUCUUCUCAACGAGUCAGGCUAUGGCUAGGAACUUAUGACUCAUCUGAAGAAGCAGCUCGAGCUUACGACGAAGCAGCACGCGCCUUACGUGGUGAAAAUGCUCGAACCAACUUUGCCUUUGUGAGCCCUAAUAAUCCAAACCAGUCCGGUUCGCCCCCUUCUAACGACGGAUUCGCGUCGGAAGCCGAUGGGCGGCUCAGUCUCUGUAGCUUCUCUUCAUUAAAGGCGAAAUUGAGCAAGAAUUUGCAGAAUAUAAUGGCGAGAACAACGGAGAGUAAAUCCGCGAAGAAUCGAGUGAGCGAUCACUUCACUUUUGCUAAUAUAUUCAAUUUCAGAACCCAACAAUAUCAGAAACCAGUAGAUAUCAAGAACAUUGAGAAGGUGGUGCAGCCGAGUAUAAUAGUGCCGCAUUCAGACGAUCAACGCUCUUCCUGGGAAACCUCAAGUGUUUCGGAUUGUAGUAACGAAUGGAUUGGAUUCAGACAGCAUGGGUUAGAUUCAGAUGGAUCAGAUAUUGGCGAAGGUAGAAUAGGUCACCAUGAUCAUCAGAUGAUGAGAUGGAUGGACGGUCAUGAUCAUCAUCAGAUAAUGAGUGGCUAUAGUAGUGAAGGUUCGAGGAGUAAAAGGUUUAAAGUUUCAUCUUCUGUGAUGGUUCCUCCGAGUUUCAGUGGACCUGCAGAUUCUCCAUCUUCUAUUCAUGGUGAUCACAAUUGA